AUGGAAAGUAUCACAAAUGAUUCGUAUUGGCGCGACCUGGCGAGAGCGCUGCCAACUGUUCCCAAGCUCGAGAUGACCGCACAGGUCCUCGAGCAACUUCUUGUCGACGUUGAGAGCGGCGCUAAUACGACCUCACGAAUGUCGAACAACUGGAAUUCCUCCCGAAGUAAUCACCAUCGACGGAGCAGCAGCAACAGCUCCUACAGCUCCAGCCCUGUCUCCCCCUCUUCCCGCACUCGAGGUGCCGCUUCGCCCCGCUACGCCCGUACCCCAAUGGAACUCGCCAAACUGAUGAAUCGCCGACCAGCGUCCACCCAGCGCCUUGCCCCUCUUGCAUUGAGCAGCAGUCCAGAGCUUCCAUUACCCGCCAACCCUCCUGCCCUCAAUCCCAAAACCGCGUUCCCAGUGCAAGAGACAGACGACGGGCUCGAGGCUCCGCCUCCAGCAAGCACAUACUAUCUCCCUCCAGCCCAGUUCCCGGUCUAUGUUCAUGCUCCACGCCCCAUCCACUCGAUUUCCCUCCAUGCCAUAACCCCGCCCUCCCCGGUCUCGCCCAAGUCACGCGGCCCAACGCCCCAUUGCCAGCGCCGCAGGACAUCCACCUCCUCGACUGGGUCGUCUGACGCCCGUCGCAGUCGCCAUUCCGUGCGGGUCAAGGCUGAUAACGGCCACGAACAGCCACCCGUCCCGAAACUGAAGCGCCAGUCCAUCAUACGCGCUAAUAGCAUGAGCGCUGCGGACUCUCGUGUGCAAAUACUCCAACGCCCACGAACAGAUUCAUUGGAGACCUUGUUUCCUGAAGGUAUAUCGCGGACAACGACACAGUAG